ACAGGACGAGAAACACCCCGCGAACGACGCGCCACGAAAAAAUAAGUUCCUCGGAGCAAUAUAAUAAACCAGCUCACUUCCUCUGGCAAUCGCAGAAGUGGCGGAAGUACGUCAGUUUGCUAGACUCCGAGCGUUUACACUUCGCAGUGCGAUUUCUGACGAGCGAGAACGGAGAAGAGAAGAGGAGACGCGAAUCAUCCGCUGUCUCUUUAAAGCCACUUAGCGAAGCUUCGCGUAUUCCGACAAACACGCCGACGUCUCUCCCCUCGGUCGCGGCGCGCGGACAGCGUUCGGGAAUGGAGGCGUUCAACUUACUCUCCGCUGGAUGAAGAACUCUUCUUUUUUCCUCCCCUGGUUGGAUAUGAUUUGUUUUUGGCGGAUCGCGCGCUGAAGAAGGAUCUUUGGGGGGGAGAUACAGCCGCGUUCUCGGCUUGACGCGGACCGCGUCGUCUCGGAUGGUUUCGUGGCGUCUCUUCGCGUUCAAACUUGCCGAUGCAAUAAGUUCCCAUUUGCAAAUUGCCUGACGAACGCGCGGAUGCUUAUUUUGUUGUUUCUGGCACGGCGGGUCAUGGAACGGGUGGAAAUUAAAGCAGGGCCAGCAACGUGAAUCCAGCGUGCGGUCUGCAGCAUACACACACACACACACACACACACACGCUGAUGUUGUUGUAUUCCGUCGCAACAAAGUUGCCGUGCGCUCGGAAUUCACGCCACCGUAAUUAAACAGCCAUUUUGCACCUGUUUAAAUGAAGCGAGGCGUUUCGAUCCCGUGACGCCGUGCUUUGGAUUACACGCACGCCUUAACCUGCAUGGAUCACGUUUGUUUGUUUACCACGUUACGGAGCUUACCAUCCAAGGUCAUACUGUAAAUUGUUUACAGGCUCCGGUAUCUAUGGGUGUGUUUUAUUGAUUGCGUGGAAUCGAUUGGUUUUGACGCGAUCGAGUGUCAUUUUUUUGUUUUCUCGCGGGGGCGGGAGGGCAUCGCACCGAUUUUAAAAUGGAAGGGAAAGUGAAGCAGAGUCGCAGAUCCCGCUCGCAGCGCGAGAGGGGACGGAAGCGGGAGGCGCGCGCCGGGGAAGCCCAAAACCGGAGCCCCUCGUCUGGUUCCGAGCGGGAGCGAAGUCCCGGUAAAAACGCUCCGUCGCGCUCGACUUCCUCGAGCAAAACCCCGCGACCCCCCCGGAGGAAGAGGCGCGAGUCCAGUUCCCAAGAGGAGGAUAUUAUUGAUGGAUUUGCAAUAGCCAGUUUCGUCAGUUUGGACCGUCUCGAGAACAAGAAUGUCUCGGUUAAAAUGGAAAAGAAGAAAUGGGAGGAUAUUGUAGUGAAACAACAGAAGGAGGCCGACGAGAACGUGACCCCUGACAUAGACGAGAACGGCUUCGGCAAUCUGGCCACCAGCAUGGGGCAAGACCAGGAGCGGGUGAAAGAUCGUCUGCUGAAGAACACGUACUCCAAGAAGAGCAAACGAUCCUUGAGUCUUCUGAGCCAGGCUGGGAAGAAAAUGGAAGUGACGGAGGUGAAUGCAGCACCCAGGAGCAGCUCCAAAGACCGUCUCAGUGAGAAAAUCACAGGAGGAAACCAGGUGUUUUUCCAGAUUACCAAUAGCUCCACUCACUCUCUGUCAGGACGAGGGUACUCGUGUGACAGCGAGAGUGACAUCGAUGACAAGGCAUCUGAUGUAGGAUCAGAGAAGCUUUUCUCGCCUACUGCACCUAAAGUUACGCCAACGAAUGAGAAUCUCGGGUCCAAAACUUGCAGCUCGACCAAAGUGUCUGGCCUUCAGCGGAGCCAGGAACAGAAUAACGACGUUUCGUUUGUCCCGCCGAUCUCAAGUCCGACCCCAGCGUCGCCCCCUACGGGGUCUCCUGCCCCUGCUGCGGCGGCAGCCCCCGCGCCUAGACCGCACCCGAUCUCCACAAACCCUCUCGCUAUCAAGAAGGAAUCUGUGCCUCCUAACCCCACCCCUUCCCUCCUGAGGAACCAAUCACAUUCACUGGAGCACAGAGUCCCGCCCCCGUCGCACCACAGCCAGCCAGUCAUCAGCCACCAUCAUCAUCCUUCGCCGUACAGCAGUCUUCACGACAUCAGUAACAACCCUUCCGCGCUUCCUCCGAAACACCACCUGCCUCACUCCCCUCAUCACCUCAGCGGCCUCCCGUCUCCUGCUCCUCCUCUUCCCCUCUCCAUCGCCGGUCUGCCCUCCUCCCACUACUCCCUUCACUCGCCCUCUCACCUCUCCAGCCAUCCGGCCAUGUUCGCCACCCCUGCUACACUGCCUCCACCGCCCACCUUACCGACCAACAGCCUGGUGGUGCCAGGACACCCUGCCGGACCACCCUAUCCAGAUGUUUCGAGAGCGAGGCGAAAUGGGGCACGCAUCAGAGAGCAUGAUCUUCUGCGGCAGGAGCUGAACAACCGCUUCCUGGUUCAGAGCUCGGAGCGAGGUCGGGGGGCGGCCCCUGGGGCCACAGGGUCGCCGUUGGCCCCUGUGUCGCUCCUCCGGGCCGAGUUUCACCAACAUCAGCAUAUGCACCAGCACCAACACACGCAUCAGCACACCUUCACGCCCUUCCCUGCCAGUCUGCCCCCGGCAGCCAUCAUUGGGCCGCCCACUGCACCUCCCAUGGUGCGUACCCCAGCCAGAAAUUUCGACAAGUACGCCCCAAAGCUGGACAAUCCCUUCUUGAGACAUUCAAAUUUCUUUCCAUCCUAUCCACCAACAAUGCCAGGCAUGCCUCCAUUGCUUCCACAUUCAGGGCCCUUCAGUUCACUGCAAGGAGCCUUCCAGCCAAAGGCUUCAAACCCUAUUGAUGUUGCAGCACGACCAGGAGCGGUCCCACACACUCUCCUUCAGAAGGACCCAAGGAUAACAGAUCCUUUUAGGACCUCAGUAAGAAAGCCAGGCAAAUGGUGUGCAGUGCAUGUUCAAAUCGCAUGGCAGAUCUAUCAUCAUCAGCAGAAGAUGAAACAGAUGCACUUGGACCCACAUAAACUGGAUAUGAAUGGGAAACUUGAUCUGUUCAGUCGUCCUCCAGCUCCAGGCGUGUUCCCUGGGUUUCCCUACCCUCAUGAUCUGGCCAGACCCCUCUUUUCAUCAACAGGAUCGGGACAUCCAGCUGCUUCACCCUAUGGACCGUCUCCUCAUCACGCUGGCUUCCUGCCUCCUAGCCAUUUGGCAGGUAAGUAUCCAUUCAGUCGCUCCAGUACCUUUGGCGGCCUCAGCAACCUUUCAAGCAGUGCCUUCGGUGGAUUAGGCAACCCAGCCCUCGGGGCCAACAGUGUAUUUGGACCCAAAGAGGGUCCAGGGCUGCCUGGUCUCAGUAGUCCUCAUCAUGACACCUGGAAUCGGCUGCACCGAACACCACCCUCCUUCCCGACCCCUCCACAGUGGCCCAAAUCCGCAGAUGCAGAAAGAAGCAGCUCUGCAAACAGCCACGACAGAGAGAGAGAGCGGGAACGGGAGAAAGAAAAAGAACGGGAAAGAGAAAAAAGGGACUCUUCUAUUGGGAAGGAAGAGAAGGAUAAAGACAGAGACUCUUUAGAUCGCAAUCGCCAUUCAAACCGCUCCUCUCCAGCUUCCGCUCCAGUUAGCUACCAGAUCAGCAGCCUGAUCCGCUCUAACAGCCAGAACUCAACCGACUCUGGCAGACACCGCAGCGGUAGUGCAGAUCGCAACCGGGAGCCAGAGAAAGAGUUGCUGGACCGCCAGCGAGAGGCAGGCAUUUUGGGAGACAUAAAGGUGAAGGAAAGUCGUUCUCCAGGGAAGGAAAUCUCAGACAGACGUUCCUCUGACGACUCUCUCAAAUCUGUUCACCGGUCGCCCUCUCCAUACUCGAAAAACGUCCUUAACGAUGCAGGAAUCAAGAUGGGUAUCCCACAACCGCUGCCGAUGAAAGAAAACGAGAGGGAUAGGAAGGAGACCAACUCCGGAGAUCUGCUACAGAAGGUGAAGAACGACAUGAAGAUCAAAGAGGAACGCAAGGAAGACCAGGACGUGAUGGUGGUUGGAUCGGAAGCAGCCACUAAACCUCAAAUCCCUCUUCCGCCGCACCAAACUACGCCAAUUGCUCACCACCCUGUGCUAUCCCAUCAGCCUCCUCCGCCGUCUCCUCGCUGUAGCGACCCUCCAACACCGUCUUCGCUUCACGGUGUCCCCAUGCCGCACUCGCUGCCACUCACCCUGAGCGCCAUGCAUCAAAUGGGAAGUCUGAAUGCACUUGAACGCACCCGCAUGGCACCUUUCAUGGGAGUCAGCCCUCUAGCGGCGGGUCGAGACCGCCUUCCUCAUCCUGCCUUUUCCUGGGAUCCCCUACGGGAGGCUUACCGAAACCUUGACCUUCAACGCCGCAUGGACUUCCAGCUGCGUUCUGAGUCCGGACACCGCUUCCCCGGUGUCUACGAUCCAGAACGGCCCUAUCGGGAUCGGGAGCCGCAUGACUACUCCCACCACGAACACCUCCUGGAGGUUCGGCGGGAACAGGAGAGACUGAGGCAACAGGCUGAGGAAAGGGAACGCUUGCAUUUAAGGGAGGAACUGGAUCGAGCAAGGCUCCACCAGCUUCACCAAUCGCCCAUUGAAGGACACUUACCCCACAUGCCGCCAUUUAUGUCGCACCUUGGUGGGAUGCCGUACCCAAGGCUUAGCCCUUCAACAGGACACAACGGACUUCUUAACCGGACACCCCCAACCGCAGCACUAAGUGCCCCUCCUCCUCUGGUACCCUCUGGUGCUGCCAGACCAGCUUCUCCAAGACGGACUACGCCAAUCACCACCCAGGACCCUCGGGAGUACUCACCAUCACGUAACCCCAAAGAAGUGGAGGCACGGUAACAUACAGAAAGGAGAAUGCCUCAUUUGAGUUGGACACUGGCAACAUGCACUUAUUUUCACAGAAAUUAGAGUAAAUGAUAAAUAGAUAUGUGUGAUUUGUACAAAUGUUUGUACCUUGGAACAAGCACAUCAGCCGGCUUUUUUAAUUGAUUGGAUUUGGGGGAAAAGAGUACUUGUGGUAGCGCAAGACAUAAAGUUGAACUACCAACCAGAAAUUUGAUAUUAAUAUAUUAACCCAAUGCCUUUUCAGUUUUUCAUGUGAAAAGACAUUCUGAAAUUUGUUUGUACAUUUCCUAUCCCUCAUGUACAGACAUUUUUUUAAUGUAUUUGCAUUAAGUUUCAUUCGUUCCCUGCCCCGUAUUUAUCCUAGUGAGCUGCUGGAUGUCUACAUAUCUGUAAAUGGUAUGAUCUCAGCUGAUGGUACCUGGAAAUAUUCAGCAGGGGCCAUGUACAAAAUUACACUUUGGAGGGGUUUUUGUUUGUUUGCUUGAUUUUUUUUUUUUUUUUUUUUUUUCCGAGAUAUGCAGACAAAUAUGUAUUACGAUAUUCUUGUUUGGUUUAUGUAAAGUUCAAAGAUAUUGUAAAUAUCUUGUUGAUAUUACUUGGAACGAAAUGACAUUGUACAUUUGUUAGGCUUUUUAAAUGUUUCUAAAAAACGAUGAAAUGAAACAGAACCACUUCCGGGUUGAAAUCCGUGUUGACGGAGCUGUCCAAUCAGAGGGGAGGACUCGAAUGGGGGCGAUGGCAUGGCGGUGCAAUCUAUGCAAAGAGGACUAAGAGUGUUCUGAUUGGACGGUUAUCAAAAGUGGGGACCUGGAUAACUGUUAUUCAUUUGUCUAAUGAAGAGCCAAUGAAACAAACAGCUAUAAACUUCCGGGUCAUAAAGGAACUGCUUUUGCAGUGAACACUUCUCCAGCCACAAAACCUGGACAUCUGAGAAACAUUUUGGAAUGGUUGGGGUGGCAAUAGACUCUUUCUGUCGACCUUGUGGUGUUGUGCAGUUGUUUUUUCUUAGACUCUUGUAUACAAAACAAGUAGAGCUUUAGGCGUGAAAAAAUGAAAAUGAACAUUCAUGGUUUAAAAAUGUAUGGAAUAAAGGUUGGACCUUAUAUCUGCA